UGUGUAUGUGGCAUCACUGCAUUUGAGUGUUCUGCUGCUUUUGUUGAACUAAUUAGUGGUGAUUCAAACAAUGGAGCAGCAUGUAGAGCUAGCAUGUGAAGCUGCUAGCUUAGCGGCCGGCACCUGUGCUAAAAUUUUGAAUGGAGAAAAGUUUUUCAAAAUUAAAAAAACUGACGGCAAAAAUGCCGAGGCGGAAUGCCUCAAGUGCGGGAAGAUGGUGAAAGGAACCAUGAAACAGUCAACAAAUUAUUUGUUGCACUUAAAGUCUUUUCGCUCCGCUAACCGGUCGGGUAAGAAGCCGACGAGUGCUGGCACACCGGGAGAUGGUCGAGCUGGUGCUGCUCGUGGCUCCAAAUCGGCCAAAGGGCGCCGUUCCACCCGAGGCCCUAUGAUGCUUCCCAGUAUUGACACGCCGAGGAAAGUUCGAGCUGAAGGCACACCGGCGAAUGAGCAGGCCACACCUGUUCGUGCGAAAAAUCCAACAGGGCAACAUUGUUCGGCGAGCUUGGGCACACCGGCCGGAGAGUGGGAAGCUGUCCGUGCGAAAGAUGCGGUACGAUAUCUUCGAUCCAGCAAGAAGACUACGAGCGCCGAAUCACCGGCUGGUGAGCGAGCCGGAUCUGCUCGUGCGAAAGAUCCGACGGGGCAUCUACGUUCAGCGAGCGCAGGCACAUCGGCGAGAGAGCGGGCUGGAGCUGCUCGUGCGAAAGAUGCGGCACGAUAUCCUCGAUCCAGCAAGAAGGCGACGAAUGCAGAAUCACUGGCUGGUAAACGGACCGAUGCUGCUCAUGUGAAAGAUCCGACGGGGCACCUACGUUCAGCGAGCGCAGGUACAUCGGCGAGAGAGCGGACCGCAGCCGCUCGCGCGGAAGGUCUAACAGAGAAUCUUCAAUCCGGCAAGAAAGGGACGAAUGUUGGCACACCAGCUGAUAAGCAGGUCGAAGCCGCUCGCGUGGAAGAUCCGGCAGUGUAUCUGGAAUCGGCGAGCGCUGGCACACCGGCGAGAGAGCGAGCCGGAGCUGUGCGUACGGAAGAUCCAGCAGAGAAUCAUUCAUCCGGCAAGAAGGCGACGAGGGUUGGCACACCAGCUGAUGAGCAGGUCGAAGCCGCUCGCGCGAAAGAUCCACCAAUGCUUCUGCAAUUGGCGAGCGCUGACACACUGGCGAGAGAGCGGGCCGGAUCUGUGCGCGCGGAAGAUCCAGCAGAGAAUCUUUCAUUUGAUGAGCAGACCGAAGCCGCUCGCGCGGAAGAUUCGGCAGUGCUGCGAUCGGCGAGCGCUGGCACACCGGCGGAUGGGCGAGCCGGAGCCGCUUGUGGCUUUGAAUCGGCCAGAGAGUGCCGUGUCGCCGGGAGAUCUACGGUGGUGGACCCAUUCAACUUGCCAAGAACGGAUGUCAAAUGGGAGCUGUUCACUUCCGUACCAUCCGAUGAUUUACAAACAGCAGUGCAGGAUUGCGAAUACGGGUUCCGUUUCAAAGUCGAAAACAGGGUCUCCAAAGGAAGAGUACAAUAUUACUACUGUCGUCGGAUUAAAGUGAAGGCCUCCCAGCAGUGCGGGCGAAGAAUGAUGGUGUUUAUCCCGAAUGGUUCAGAAAGAAACUGUAGCAUCAACCUAAAAGGCGCCCACACUUGCGAUACCGCAAAGAGCGAAGACUUGGCCAAGACAGUUCUGACCAAAGAAAACUACGCUGAAAUGGACCGCAUGCUGCGCAGCGGAAUUCCGUUAAAAGACAUCAAAAAGCACAUCAGGGCUUCGAAUCCGCAGGUCUCCAAGAACCGUGUGAACUACGCGAUAAUGCAAGCAUCACAAGCAAUGUACGGAUGUGGAGAGCUCUCCUUGGGUGAUCUAGCAGCCUGGGCCAAGCUCAAUUCAUCCACACCAAACAACCACGAAACGGGUUUCAUUAUUGGUUCCGAUAUCGAUGGUGGAACCGGUUGCUUCCGACUGGUGUAUUCCAGCAAAAAACUGCUGUCGCACUUCAGAACACUCGACAUACUGUCUGCUGAUUGUACAUUUAAGACUACCCUCCAGGGGUACCCACUAAUGGUUGUGUGCUUAGUGGACAAAAUGCGCCACGCGCACCCGGUGGCAUUUGCAACGAUCACCAAACAGGAAGAAGCCGACUACCACUUCGUUUUUGCUACCCUGCAGGAUCAAUGCACCCGUCUCGGUAUUCCCUGUUUGGUUCGGGCUUUUAUUAGCGAUGGAGAAAUCGCACUGAAAAAGGCCGCGAGAUCAGUCUUCGGUGAACAUCUGCUGUUGAUCAACUGCUACUUCCACGUAGUACAGAAUGUGAAGAAACAUCUAUCGAAAACGAAAGAGAGCUCCGAGCAUAAGGAUCAGGUCCUUAAGGACGUAAGCCGAAUUCAGUUGGCUCCAACGCAGAUACAUUUUGAACAGGCGUGUGAGUUGUUUCUCAUAAAAUACGAUGCUUUGCCCGGUUUCGCCCAUUUUUUUCAGAAAUAUGUCUAUAAGGAGUACUUCAAGAAUUGGUACGAGGGUGCUCUUCCGGGCUACCCGAGCACCAACAACUCUUUGGAAGCCCUGAACAGGGCGAUCAAAGAGCAUCACCUAGACCGUACCAGGGAACCGCUCGGCACUUUCAAAGCAAGAAUCAUGAGCGUGGUAGAAUACUAUGGCAAGGACGAACGUGUCAUUUGCGAAGAACGAACGUACUCGGUAGAGGACGAGCGAAUGGCAUACGAUUUCAUCCGCACGGGCAAGCGCACAAGAACUGUACACGAUUGGUCAGACCGUGUGAAACACUUGUAUUUCCCAACGGGGAACAAUGCGGAAGUAACCGGUCGAGAAAUUGAGGCUUUUAACAACUCGGACCGUCGCAGCCUGGAUCAUUACCUGACUGACAUGGAGGCAACUCAUCGCGUUACCAUGACGGAUACCCUAUGGUUCAACUGGAAUUGCACAUGCCGCUGGUUUUUCAAGCACAACAGUUGCUAUCAUGUCCUAGUUGCAGCUGUCACAAGCGGAGCAUAUCAACUGCGCCCGGAGGCUAACACGUUGCCAUUGGUCAAGAAGCGCCCCCCUGGAAGGCCGAAAAAAUGAGCAAGGCUCUUGUUAUUGAUUAAUCAUAUAUUUCUUUCGUUUUCUAUAACUUUUGUAGAGCGUAAAGUUUUACAGUAAUGACUAAGUUGUUUUUUUUGUAUUUUAAUACAAAAUCUGUUAUCAAAA